UUGACAAUCACUUUGUCAACAAUCCUAAAUGACACCAAAAUAAAAAUAUUUUCAAUAAAUCGUUUCUUGUGAAGAUUACCAUUUAAAAUGGGUAAUCAACUCGUUGGGAUCGCUCCCUCACAAAUAUUUCCGGUAGAACGGUACCUAACAGACCUGCCGGACCUCAAAUUUGAUUGCAGUCUCGGAAGUACGAGAUUCUUGAAAGUCGCUAGGGCUGAUUCGCCAGAAGGACUCGUAGUAGUAAAAGUGUUCGCAAUACAUGACCCCUCCUUGCCACUGUUAACGUACAAAGAACAGCUGGAAGAUAUUCGAAAAAAGCUGUCUUCUGCUGUGAACUGCAUCCCACAUCAGAAAAUCUUGCUUACAGACAAAGCGGGGAUUAUAAUGCGUGAAUAUGUGAAGUAUAGCUUGUAUGAUAGAAUCAGCACCAGGCCCUUUUUAACGAAUAUCGAAAAACGAUGGAUUACGUUCCAAGUGUUAUAUGCGUUGCAUCAAUGCCAUAAAGUAGGAGUAUGUCACGGCGAUAUAAAGCUGGAAAACAUAACAGUCACCUCAUGGAACUGGGUGUUGCUUGUAGACUUCGCAUCUUUCAAACCUACAUUUCUCCCUGCUGACAACCCAGCUGAUUUUUCUUAUUUCUUCGACACUUCCAGAAGAAGGGUCUGUUACAUAGCACCCGAAAGAUUCUCAAGUACGAGCACUACUAAUCUAGAAUCUCUGAUAACAGAAACGUCUUGCAACUCCAAUGAACUUACCCCUGCGAUGGAUAUAUUUUCUGCAGGCUGUGCACUGCUAGAGCUUUGGAAUGAGCUGCACGUUCCCUUCGAGUACUCCCAGCUUUUGGCUUACUGCUCCGGCAAGUAUUCACCUCAAAAACACUUGGAUAAAUUAGAUGAUCCAAAUUUGAAGUCCCUCAUCUCGAGCAUGAUCGAAAAGGAUCCUUCGAAACGAAUGUCGGCCGAGGACUAUCUUGCACUGUAUCGCGGAACAUUAUUUCCAGAAUAUUUCUACACUUUCUUACAGUCGUACAUGCUCAUUUUCUCGUCAACGCCUAUACUAACGGUAGAUGAGAAGAUCAUGCGAUUGAAAAGCGAUAUCGGGAAUGUGUUUAAAUUCUUGGGACCCAUGACGAAGUCUACUGAUGAUGUUGAAGGUGAAAAGCAAGAUUUAGAGAAAGACGAUAAAGGGGAGUGUGAGGGUCUGGUUCUGAUAACAUCGCUGGUUACUUCAUGUAUCAGAGGUUUACAUGACUGUUCUUCAAAAUUGUAUAGCUUGGAGAUUCUACUGGAGCUAGCAUCGCACGCUAGUGAUGAAACUGUGCUAGACAGAAUUUUGCCGUACAUUAUGUAUUUAGCACAUGACAGUUCAACCAGAGUAAAGAUCUCUGCUAUCAAUACGAUUGCGAAAUGCUUGGACCUCGUGUCAAAAAUUCCGAGAUCUGAUGCCAACAUUUUUCCAGAAUAUAUCCUUCCAGAACUAGCUCCUUUAGCUACAGACCCAAAUGCGUGUGUAAGAGCUGCUUAUGCUAAGAAUAUAGCUACAUUAGCAGAAAUUGCUUUAAGAUAUCUAGAUCAAGUUCAAAAUGACUGGUACGACAACAACAUCACAAACAAUAAGCAAAAAGAAGAGCAUACAUUUAACUAUGAACUUGAACUUCAGGCUCUUCAUGAAAUGAUUUCUCAAACUGUCAGUGCUUUAUUAACGGAUACACAACCCAUUGUAAAGCAGACUUUGCUUGAGAAUGGCAUAACAAAACUGUGCGUCUUUUUUGGAAAAACUAAAGCAAAUGACGUGCUACUGAGUCAUAUGAUCACGUUUCUCAAUGACAAAGAAGACAAAGAAUUAAGAGGUUCAUUUUUUGACUGCAUUGUUGGGGUAGCAGUUUUCAUUGGUUGGCACUGUUCUAGCAUUUUGACUCCUCUCCUACUACAGGGAUUGACCGAUAGUUCAGAGUUUGUUAUUGCAAAAAGCAUAAAUUCGAUGGCAGCACUGACCGAGCUGGGCCUGAUCACAAAACCUGCUCUCUGUGAGCUGGUCACAGAGUGUUCUUACUUUUUAGUGCAUCCAAAUUUGUGGAUCAGACAAGCUGUCGCGGGAUUUGUAGCCUCGGCAUCGAAAAUAACCUCGAUUUUGGAUGUUCAGUGCAAGAUUAUACCAGCUUUGAAGCCAUACAUGAAACAUCAAUUAAUUCAGAUAGACAAACCAGAGCUACUCCUAGAUUCUCUCGUGAAUCCCAUUCCAAGGACUGUUUAUGACAGCAUCGUAAACCAUAUGGAUAUCGAUAUAAUUUUAGAGGUUUUAAGAGAAAGAAAAAAUGUACGAGAUUGUGUCAGUGCUGGGAAGGUACCGAGUACCGAUUUUUACAGAGAAACUCAAACAAGCCUAAAGAAUUUGCUGAGAAGGCUGGAAGCAAACGGAAUGAACGAGAAUAUCGAAGAGUACAUUUUGAAGAUGGGCCAUCAUUUGAAGAAGAUCAACAUUCACAAGAUGAAUGCAGAAGCGAGACAGAACAAGCAAAAUGAAGGUAGAAUCGAACUGAUUUCAGUGACUAGUCCUUUGAAGAGCCAUAUUUUGCACUUGAGUGAAGUACAAAAGGGGGAUUUCAUGCCAAAUAGAAUUUUGCACAGAACCAACACGUCAGCGUCGAUAGACACGAACAUUAACUCAGACUGGAACUACAGUUCGUCGGAGGUAUUGAACCGACAAUCUGAAUGUUCGAAUUCUGGCGGUCCAUCUUCCAGGUCUACUUCGAGUAGACCGUCUUCACCACCGCCUGAGAACCACAAUCAGUUCAUCAGCAACGAUCCUUCGUCUAACGUCAGUCUGCACGAAAGGUCGUACAUUCAGUAUCGGAGGUCCAGCUGUUACAUUGAACUUGCUAAUUUGAAGACUAGGCAGCAGGAACAUUAUUUUGAAGCCUUAAGGAGCAAAGAGUGGGCAGAACAAGCAGCUUGGAGGCCCCAACUUCCCCCUCCUGGUUGGAGGCUCAGGGGCACCCUAGUGGCCCACCUCCACGAACAUAAAGGCGCUGUCAACCGACUCUGCGCGUUGCCUGACACACCUCUAUUUGCAAGCUCAUCCGCGGACGGAACCAUACGAUUGUGGGACUGUGCGAGGAUGGAAGGGAAAAACAUUGCAAAUAGAGCCAAACAGCAUUACAGAGUUGGAUCCGGGGUUACAAUAACCGGAAUGGCGGUUUGCGAGAGCGGGCAGUCGCUAGGGUUUGGAUGCCAGGACGGUUCGGUUAACAUUCUCAGGAUUGAUUCGGCGAGUAGCAGGAUGACGUUAGCUCAAUCCAGACAGCUGAAUCCAGACGAGGAUGGCUUUCCAGUAGAUGUUCAGUGUAUGGAUUCAGGAUCUCGCAGCAUUUUGGUAUACGCAACCCUUCAUGGUGCAAUUGUUGGUUGGGAUCUUAGAGCACCAGGGACUGCUUUCCGAUUGGAAAACAGUCUGAAAAACGGAGUAAUUUCGACGUUCUGCCUCGAUUCACAUCAUAGUUGGCUGACGUUAGGGACUAGCAACGGUGUGCACGUAGCGUGGGAUUUGAGGUUCCAGUUGCCAAUCACCACUAUCGAACCCAUCUCAGGCACAGUAAGAAUAAAAAAAGUGGUCAGUCACCCAACAGAGCAUUCGUGGGUAGUUUCGAGUAUCCAUGGAAACAAUGAGAUUUCCAUGUGGAAUUUGGAGACUGGUUUUCGGCAGAAGGUUCUCUGGGGCAGCACUGCACCACCUCUUUCAAAAACACAUGGAUCAUUAAAUACUGUAUGUGCGAUGCUAGGCGUGUGCGUGGAUAGAUCUCCUUUCUUGCUGGCAGGAGGGACGGACCAGAGAUUGAGGUUUUGGGAUCUGGACAGUCCUUCUGAAUCGUUUUUGGCCAUACCAGCUGCUAGCGAUCCCAUUGGGACCACGUUGAAUUACGAGAGUCGACUUAUUGACGGUACCCAUGUGAUGUACGAAGAACCAGGCAAAGUAAGAAAGUUGGAAAAAGGCGAGGAGGUACCUCGGCCCGGUCCAGAACCACCCGCGGCGGGCCAUCGAGACACGAUUUCGGACAUCGUGCUUUGCAAAGCAUCCCAAUGCUUUUUGGUCACUUCGUCAAGAGACGGAGUGAUCAAAGUUUGGAAAUAAGCGUAUUGUGAUAUCAUAUAUGGAACAGGUGUUCUAAUAUUUAUAUGUUUACGUAGUUUUAGAUGAGUUUCUUACACUUCUGACAGGAAAUAGCUUUUAUAUAAAUAUAAAAUAUAAGAUAUUCAACUCUUAUUUAUGCCCCGUCAAAACAAACACCAUCGCACGGCGUUCAAAUUCGCGCGCUCCGAUUGGUUCGUCCAUAAAUGCUUGGACAGGCAGCGACAAGCGAAAAGAAGUCCUGAUUUUUAUUUUGACGAGGAGUAAAUGAGAUUUGAAUAGAUAAUAGAUACGUUUUUCUUGCAGUUUUUAGAAAUAGAUUUGUCAUUUUUUGUCGGAAGUGCAGAAACUGGCUUAAAUGUGAUUUCAGUUUAUUUUAUGUAAAUAAUUUUAUAUUAAUUUUCAGUAAAAUAUGUAUUACAAUUAAAAAA